GCUGAUUCCUGCACGAGUGAUCGAUUCUGCGCGUCAAGUGCGCCGCCCGAGUUUGUCUCGUCAUCACAUACCCUCACUCUGAUCUUCAAAUCCAGCGGCGCCAGACUGACCAACCGUGGAUUUCAGGCAGAGUACUGCCAAGUUGGCAGUGACCAAGCCCGGCGGUAGACUCGUGUGCGCUGAUGCGAGGCUGCUGCCAGGGACGCUGCACGUCCGUGCGUUCACGUGCCAUCUGUUCGUGUCCACGCGGACAGGAGCUGAUGCCCGACCAGCAGACAUGCGAGUGCCCCAAUUACUGUCUGUCGUCGGGAAGCGCACGUCAUGAGCUGUUUGCAAUCGGAACACGAGUCGCGCCAGGAUGUGAUAUGCCGGCAAGUAUGCGCCUAUACAUCAGUGACGGUUUGAUUGGCGAGGUAGUGCGAGUCCAGCACAGCCGUGUGCAGGUGAUGUGGUCCAACAACCGACUGCUCUGGCAUCGUCUAUGCCAGGGUGGACGUACAGACAUCACCCUUUUUGACUUAUCAUCCAGCCAACAAGGACAGGUAGGAGAAAACCAAGAGGUUGCCACCAAUGUACCGAGGAGUUGUGACUUUCUCAACGGCAACUGCGAUCACAUCUGCCGGACGGUGGCCAGUCGUCCUGUGUGCGAGUGUCUGGAGGGAUUCUUUCUGGCGGCUGUGGACGGAAGAACAUGCUUGCUGGAUGUAUGCCAGGACAACAAUGGAGGAUGUCAGGACUACUGUACUGCCCUGGGCAACGGCACACGAGAGUGCUCCUGCAGCCGUGGGUUUACACUCAAGGACAAUCAGAGAGACUGCAUUGAUACGGAUGAGUGUGGAUUUGCUAGUCAGCCGUGUGAACAGCAAUGUGUCAACAACGUGGGAAGUUUCCGGUGCGAAUGUGACUUGCCCGGCUACCGCUUGGCUACCAACCUGCGCAACUGCUCAGACAUAGACGAAUGCCUAGAUCCAGCCAUCCAUCACUGCGGUCAACAGUGUGUAAACACCAGAGGUAGUUUCUACUGCGAGUGUGGAGAAGGAUAUAGACUGUCGGCCAAUCGCAGAACCUGUGAAGAUAUCAACGAAUGCUACGGUGGUCCCGGCAUGCGCUGUCAGGGUGAUUGUGAGAACCUUCCGGGCACCUACCGGUGUACGUGCGGUCUCGGUUUCCGUCUGGCCGAAGAUGAGCGCAGCUGCGUGGACAUACCCGAGUGCAUUGAGCUUGCGGCCGAGAUCCUGCUAGAGGGCAACUGCCUGGAAUGCCUGGAGCUUUCACCGGGAUAUCAGUGUACGCGAUGCCGCAACGGUUACGCGUUUUCCGAAGAUAGUACGUACUGCAAGGAGAUUGACGAGUGCGCUGCCAACAAUGGUGGAUGCGCACAGCAAUGUACAAACAUGCCGGGAAACUUCUCGUGCUCGUGCUUUCCUGGUUACUCCGUGAUACGGUUCUACAACUCGGCACUUUCGUCAAAUGUGGAUGAGUGUGUCAAUAUAGACGAAUGUGCAACGGACAAUGGCGGGUGUACGGACGGCUGUGUUGAUACGCCUGGUAGCUUUGAAUGCCAGUGUCCGUCUGGAGCUCAUCUGCUAGCAGACAAUCGAACAUGCCAGGACCUAGAUGAAUGUGCGGUGAACAAUGGUGGUUGUGCUCAAGUCUGCCGAAACACUGCUCUAUCAUUCAGCUGCUCUUGCUCACAAGGCUAUCGGGUGGCGCAGGACGAUACAUCGGCCUGUGAUAAUGUAAACGAAUGCUUGGUGGACGAUGGUGGUUGCUCUGGCAACGGCAGUCGGUGUCAGGAUGUCGCCGGGAGCUUUCUGUGCCUCUGCGAAUCCGGAUAUCAGCUCAUGGGUGAUCUAAGAACUUGUGAAGAUGUAGAUGAGUGUAGUCAUAGCAACGGUGGCUGUCAGAGCAUCUGUGAGAACACGGAUGGAAGCUUUGAAUGUUCCUGUACUCCAGGAUUCCGUGCACCGGCAAUCAGUCCACAGUUCUGUGUUGACAUUGACGAAUGUCAGGAAGAGCAGGACCUCUGCAACAUGACCUGUAGUAAUACUGUGGGAUCAUACGUGUGUUCGUGUCAGCAAGGUUAUCGCCUCAUGGACGACCAGUCUGCGUGCAGUGAUAUUGAUGAAUGUGGUGAUGGUACGGCCGGUUGCGGACAGAAUUGCCAGAAUACGAUGGGCGGGUAUGUGUGUAGCUGUCGCAGUGGCUACACAAUGAUGAAUGACAGUCAUCUGUGUGAAGACAUGAACGAGUGCAGCGCGGGACUAAGCUGUUGCAGUGAUGGAUGCAGCAACACAGACGGCAGUUAUCGCUGUCAAUGCGGCGAGGGAUUCUACUUGGACACAGACGGCUGCACGUGCAGGGACAUUCCCGAGUGUUCGCAAGACAACGGCGGCUGUGAGCACCAGUGCAUCGAGGAGCAGGGCUCGUACCGAUGCCAGUGCAACGCCGGCUUUGCCGCUGAUCGCUACAACUCCACGCAGUGCCAUGAUAUUGAUGAAUGUCACCCAGAUCGUAAUACGCUCAUCGUGAACUCGUCCGUGCCGGAACGCUCACCAUGCGAACAGCGCUGUGAGAAUCUCGACGGGACGUAUCGAUGCCACUGUAGAGAGCUGUUUAAGAUUCGGCCCGACCAGCACACCUGCCAGAGAUGUCCCACUUGCGAGACGUUCACUUUGCUCCAGGAAACUGUUGCACAGCUGCUAAUUGAGGUGUCAAUCUUGAAGCAGGAAGUUGCUCAGCUGAGAGGUGACGCCAGUGGACUGCCCCCUCCGUCCGCCACACCGGCAGCGAGGACUCGCGUUGAAGCUGAUCCUCUGCUGCUGAUCCCUGUUGCUAAUGGCGAUGCCGGGGACAUCACCAUACCAGACUACACAGGAAAAUAGCUCAUCAACAUUGUGUGAUAUGGGGUGUGUGUGUGGGGGGGGGGGGGGGGUGCUGUGCCAAGCUGUCAUGCAAGUACCCUGGAUACAGUUAGUUUUGGUGGCCUUGCUGGAUUUUUCUACGGGGAGCACGAUGACGUACACUGGCCCUGCAGAUCCCGCCCUGCUCUCUGCUCUGUCAUUCUCUGUAUCGUCCUCUCUCACUUUCUCUUUCAGACAUGCACGCACACACGCGCACGCACACACACACACACACACACACACACACACCCUCUCUCUCUCUCUCUCUCUCUCUCUCUCUCUCUCUCUCUCUCUCUCUCUCUCUCUCUCUCUCUCUCUCUCUCUCUCUCUCUCUCUCUCUCUCUCUCUCUUUCAAGCACGGACACACGCGAUGACAAUAAUAACAGGAGAGGACACACAUGAUACAUUGUGAUUCGGAUUUCCCCAUGUCUUUUCUCUUGCGUUUCACUUGAUCUCCUUAUCGUUAGAACAUGUUUUGACAGCACUUUGGAAUUCCUUCGCCCAUGCUGCAGCAUCCUUGCCCACCUUUUCACGUGCAUUCUGAUUUUUAGAAUACAUACGAGUACUGUGUACGUAUGGAUCUCAUUUUAACCUUGGUGUCUAUAUUCAUUUGAAACUCCA